CUUCCUUAUUCACUCGCCUACAGCUUCAAGGAGAAGCAGUCCCCUUAGCCGGUAAAGUUACUUCACACGGCUUCCUUUUAGAUCUAGGCAGUCAUAAAGUCAACAACUUUCAUAGUUCGUAAAAGGUCAUUUAUUUUCAGUUGCUGUGCGUGUACCAGCUAACAGGACAUUUUAUCGAGAUCGGAUUCAGCCAUGAUGGCGUCCGGUUACAGUGUGAAGGAAGAGGACAGCCACCGCUCAGGAGCCGCCGCUGCAGGUGGGCCGAGUGCUGAGAAGAGUAAGAAACCGGAUAACACUGCUUUUAAACAGCAGCGUCUUCCAGCCUGGCAGCCCGUCCUUACAGCCGGUUCCGUGCUGCCUGCUUUCUUCAUCAUCGGCCUCCUCUUUAUCCCGAUUGGCAUUGGCCUUUUCGUCACGUCCAACACCGUCAAAGAGUUCGAGCUUGAUUACACUGGUGUUGAAAAAAGCAGUCCCUGCUUCAGCUGUACUCAGCCCUUUGGUUUGAACCAGUCAUGCAAAUGCUCUGUCCCUUUCACACUUAAAGAGUCAUUCGAGGGCAAUGUCUUCAUGUACUAUGGACUGUCCAACUUCUAUCAAAAUCACAGACGUUAUGUUAAGUCAAGAGAUGACCGGCAACUAAAUGGAAACACAUACUCCUUAACUAAUCCCACCAAGGAUUGUGCACCAUACAACACAAAUAACAACAUGCCCAUUGCACCAUGUGGAGCUAUUGCCAACAGUCUUUUUAAUGACACAUUUGAGCUGUAUUAUGUGCAAGACAAUGGGAAUAAAACUCGUAUUCCUCUUGUGAAGAAGGGCAUUGCUUGGUGGACUGACAAGUAUGUUAAGUUCAGGAACCCUUCAGGAGACAACCUCACAGCAGCAUUUGAAGGUACAGCCCCACCUCUCAGCUGGCACAGGCCUGUCUAUGAGCUAGAUCCUAUGGACCCUGACAACAAUGGCUUCAUCAAUGAGGACUUCAUAGUGUGGAUGAGAACAGCUGCUCUUCCCACCUUCAGGAAGUUGUACCGCAUCAUCCAGAAGAAUAGGGACAGCCUGACUCCAACACUUCCUCGUGGGAACUACACGCUGGAAAUUACUUACAACUACCCUGUAAUUAAUUUUGAGGGACGCAAACGCAUGAUCCUCAGCACCAUCAGCUGGAUGGGUGGGAAGAACCCAUUCCUGGGCAUUGCUUACAUCACUGUGGGUUCUAUCUGCUUCGUUCUGGGUCUGGUGCUCGUGGUUAUUCACUAUAAAUAUGGCAACCGCAACAACAACGCUGACAUCCCCAACUAGAGGCUCAAGACUAUUGUGACUGAUUUUUGGACUUGCUUAUUGCCAUGUGAUUUGAGUAUUUGUCACACGGUUGCACAAUCUUCCUUUGCUCUCUGCCUUUUCCUGUUCUCAUACAAGAUUUUCAUCCUGUAUGUAUACAAGGUGUCUAAAAGGACAUCUUAGGUCAUAGAUCUAUCACUGAUUUUUUGUGUAUGUGCUCUGUAUUUUGAGUAUUUAUGUACUGUUUUUGAAGGGCAUGUUUCAGUAAUGUUUGUCAGUAACAUUCAUUUCAGAUUUUAAAUAAUAUAUUAUGCUCUAGUAUGAAGGAAACUUGAGAUCUUUGAACACUGCAAAAUGGAGUUGAGGCAUUUGUAGUAGAUAACAUGAAUCAGCAUGGUGCAGUGGUAAUGGAUUCAUGAGAAGAAACGCUAAAAUCCAAUUCAUUUCCCGUUAUUUCAGAAUUGAAAGACUGUUCUGUAACAUGUGCAUCUACUAAAGAGUUCCAGUAUGCGACAGGUUACAGUAUUUACAAUUAAAUUCAUGAAGCUUACACGUGUGCACAAACUGUUGUCCUAACUCUGAAGGAAUCUUAUAAGUAAUUUAUGUGAGUCAUUGUCCACUUGUGCAUCAUCUGGGAAGCAUGCAUGUUUGUAAAUGUUAUGUCUUGCAUUUAAACAUUAUUUAGGAAACUGAGUGCUACUUGGACCUUCUACCCUUGUUUGGGAAUAUGAUGUACCUCUCUCCUCUUACCUCUCUCCAAAGAUAUGCUGUAGACUCACUGGCUGUCUGCAAAUAAAUAUAUUUUAUUUCUUGAA